AUGUGGCAGAGAAUCCAGGACGGAGAGAAGGAGGUGAAGCUGCUUCAGCAGGAGGUGGAGGCCGUCAAUGGCUCUGCUGAUAAAGCAGUGGAGGACAGUGAGAAGAUGUUCACUGAGCUGAUCCGUCUCAUGGAGGAAGGAAGCUCUGACGUGAAGCAGCAGGUCAGAUCCCAGCAGAAGAGCGAAGUGAGUCGAGUCAGAGAGCUUCAGGAGAAGCUGGAGCAGGAGAUCUCUGAGCUGAAGAGGAGAGACGCUGAGCUGAAGCUGCUGUCUCACACAGAGGAUCACAACCAGUUUCUGCACAGCUACCCCUCACUGUCAGCCCUCAGUGAACCUACACACUCAUCCAGCAUCAACAUCCGUCCUCUGAGCUACUUUGAGGACGUGACGGCGGCCCUGUCAGCAGUCAGAGACAAACUACAGGACGUCCUGAGAGAGGAAUGGACAAACGUCUCACCGACUGAAGUAGAGGUUUUACUGUCAGCAGCAGAGCCCACCACCAGAGCUGGGUUCUUCAAAUAUUCACAGGGAAUCACACUGGAUCCAAACACAGCAUGCACACUGCUGUUAUUAUCUGAGGGGAGCAGAAAAGCAACACUCAUGGAACAACCACAGUCUUAUUCUAGUCAUCCAGACAGAUUCACUGAUUAUCCUCAGGUCCUGAGUAGAGAGAGUCUGACUGGACGUUGUUACUGGGAGGUAGAGUGGAGAGGGAGAGGGAGAGGAGUUUUUGUAGCAGUCGCAUACAAGAAUAUCAUCAGAGCAGGGGGAAGUGUAUUUGGAUUCAAUGACAAAUCUUGGUCCUUAGUUUGUAACCAAAACAGUUAUAUAUUUCGUUACAACAAUAUCCCCACUCCCGUCUCAGGUCCUCCGUCCUCCAGAGUAGGAGUGUACCUGGAUCACAGAGCAGGUAUGCUGUCCUUCUACAGCGUCUCUGAAACCAUGACUCUCCUCCACAGAGUCCAGACCACAUUCACUCAGCCGCUACAUGCUGGACUUUGUCUUCAUUAUGAUUAUGGAAACACUGCUGAGUUUUGUAAACUCAAAUAGCCUGAAGUCAUUGGAGGAACUCUUCUACUUCUUAAACUCACCGUGUGUCCAUCAGGGCUGAUUGUUCAUGUCUUCACUGUGCAGAGAUCAGCUGUCAAUCAAACAUGAUGGGAUGUGCUUCAACAUCUUCUCAUGAGUUGUUCUGUAGAUGUUGGACUUUCUUCCGGCUCCUUCCUGUGUCUGUGUAGCCAUGGAGGCUGUCACUGCUCAGGAGGAUCCUUGUUCACCUGAACUGAUAUGUAAACUUUGCUCUAAAUAUGUGUUGGAUAUUUCUUUUGAUUCAUGUUGUUGUUUCUCUUGUAAUGCACGAGUCUUCAGAGAGAAAGCAGCUUCUUUUAUUGUACACAUUUUAUUCUGGCAUUCACUUUCUAAAACAAUAGAGACAUUUAUAAUCACAUGUAUUAUUCUGACAGAUUAAAUGUUAUUGUUGCCCAAAUUAACUAACAAAUGAGUUCCCAGAUGGUUAUAACACUUAUUUCAUCAUAACAUGUUUAUUUAAAAUGAUAUUACUUCCUGUCAUGAUCAUAAUCAAUAAGUACAUCAUGUAUUAUUCUCCUGUAAAUAGCUUAGAGUCUUUGCUUGGGAAUUAAAAUGUAUAAUAUUACAGUUAUUGUUUUGCAGACUAAUUGUUGUUGUUGUUGUUGUUGUUGUUGUCAUCCAAAUAGAAAGUGGGUACUCUGAUGUUUUAUAGAACAUUAAUUAUCAUGAUAAUAAUCAAUAAGGAACUCAUGUAUGAUUCUGUUUGAAUAGCUGAGAUUAAACACAUGUUGGAUAAAGUGAAACUGAUCAUGAAAUCAUUGAACAGACUUUACUGAUGGGAUGUGCGAUCAAAUUAAAUGUUUGAAUCAUUAAUAAAGGUUUGUCUUUCAAAAACAAAA